UUUUUUUAUUCGUUUCUUUUAUGCCUACAUUCGAUAAACAAGUCCAAGGUGAAGGUAAAACGUAUAUUACACUUCAGUAUCUAUCUCGAUUAGCGUUAUGGGGUUACUUUAGACAAAUAAAAGUGAUUUGUAAAGCACCUGUUCCUGCUGAAGGACCAUUGUUAGUAGCGGCCAAUCACUCAAACAUGGUUCUUGAUCCUAUUGUGUUGAUUGCCACGUUUCCUCAUUCAAGAGCGUGUCAUUUCUGGGCACUGGCUCGUUUUUUUCGUAUUCCCUUUGUGGGGUCUAUAUUGAAGGCAGCAGGUGUAUUGCCUGUGGAUACCAAGACACACAGUAACGCCAAAUUAUUUGAACAUACACUACAGUCACUUGAUCAAGGCGCUGUGGUGGCAUUGUUCCCAGAAGGCACAUCGUAUACGGCACCCAAUCAUUUACCGUUUAAAGAUGGCAUUUCUUGGGCAAGUUUUGAAUACUUGACUCAAUUAGCGGACCGACAAGAUCCUGAACAAACCAGUAUUUCGAUUAUUCCAGUAGGCAUCACAUAUACCACAAAAAACAGAUGGCGAAGUGAAAUGGUUGUCGAAUAUGGUGAACCUAUUGUACAGACAUUAGAGGAUUUAAAGGCAUUUAAUCAGGAUCCAAAACAGAGUGUGAAGCAAUUAACAGACCGUAUCGCAAAAGGUGUAGAACAGAGUACCAUCAAUAGUCCUGACUGGGAUACAACCAAUGCAGCCAAAGAAGCAAGUUCUGUCUUGUUUGGUAAACAUAUUGUGCUUGAAGAAUUUGUACAUGUCUCUCAGUCAUUUAUUAGUCUGUUGGAUCUACAAGACAAGACAGCGCCUUUUUACCAUGAUCGUCUUGUCUUGAAAGAACGACUGUUGUUGUUCUCUCAGACACUGGCUUCCCUUGGCCUGAAUGCUUGGGACAUCAGCAUGUAUGAAAAUCAAGAAAUCACGGUCACUAAAGCCAGCCUUCGCUUACUGUCUACCUGGACAACUCUGGUUGCUCAAAUACCCCUCUUUUUACCUGGCAUGUUGAUCAAUAUGCCAUUCUAUGUCUUGGGUCGCUUGAUUGAUUCGUAUGAACCUUAUACUGAAUCUGUCUCUCAAGAUAAACUGGUCUUUAGUUUCUUUUUAGCGAUUCCUGUCUAUGGCAGUCUUGUAUGGACCUUGACGCAAUGUACAGGCUAUGGAUUUAUCAGUCUGAUCUGUGUCUUGAUGUUACUGCCUUUGUUUGCUUGGUACCAUAUGGCCUUGAUUGAUAAGAAUUAUGAUAUGCUGAAGCGUGUGAUUGCUUCAUGGCGUAUCUUUGUAGCCACUGUGCAUAUAGAAGAAACCAAUCGCACUGCUCUUGAAGAAUGCGUUCAAUUGCGUCGAUGGUGUAGAGAACAUACAAAGCAAUUGAUUGAACAAUUAGCCAGUGUAGGUGAUCCUCAUGCCGCGUAUCUUAUGGAAACCUCUUUUAUUUAAUAAAACACAAGCUUGCAAUACAACA